UCCACCGCGGCAGUUUUACGCAUUGAUCUUGGCUGUCAGAUGAACAAGUAAUUGGGCUUGGCCUACAGAACACAGAAGAGGGAGCACCGAGGAAUAGAAGCAAGUCAACCAUAAAAGGGCUUCAUUUACAAGAAAAGGACAAAGAUCCAUCACAAUGUCGGUUGUGAGUGCCCUACCUUUUUUCAAUACUCUCCACACGCGCGCUCCGAUUUCUCCCGGACGUCAGCGUCGCCACACACUGCCGGCCAGCGAGUUUCGCUCACUCAGUCCGGAGGACGCUAUCAGUGUUUUUGAGAUCGAGAGGGAAGCUUUCAUCUCUGUGUCAGGAGAAUGUCCCCUGCACUUGGACGAGGUGCGUCAUUUUCUCACACUCUGUCCGGAGCUGUCUUUGGGAUGGUUCGAGGAAGGCAGACUGGUAGCCUUCAUCAUCGGCUCCCUCUGGGACCAGGAGCGGCUAACCACGGAUGCGCUGACUCUUCAUAAACCCCAUGGAUCCACUGUCCACAUCCACGUGCUAGCUGUCCACCGUACCUUCCGUCAGCAGGGCAAAGGCUCCAUCCUGAUGUGGCGUUACCUGCAGUACUUGCGGUGCUUGCCCUACGUGCGCCGCGCCGUCCUCAUGUGCGAGGACUUCUUGGUGCCUUUCUACCAGAAGUCUGGGUUUAAGGUGCAGGGCCCGUGCGAGAUCACCGUGGGCCCCCUUACCUUCACCGAGAUGCUGUACCAUGUCCGGGGCCACGCUCUUAUGCGUCGCAACAGCGGUUGCUGAGCCGAAUGGUCCCUGGACCGUGUGAUGUAAUUGAUGUUGCUUGCGUGUUUGUUUGGUUUCUGUGGUCAGUCUCAGUCAAGUGAAGACGGGAAGAUGUGCCCUUGGCCAGUGUUUGGAGUUUAUCAUGAGCUUGUUGUGUAGGUGUAAACGUCUCAUGCUUUGUUGGCUCUAUGGGUGUUGAUGUUUGCGAGAAAAAAAAAACACUGAUCCAGUAAAAACGACCCAUAGUCAACAAAGGACCUAUAUGAGCAUAAUUUGCUCACCCUAUCAGCUGGAGACUACUGCAGCAAUUAGAAAAUAAUUACAUUCAUGUUUUAUUUAAAGUUAUUUUUAUAUUUAUGUGUGGACAAUGUAUUUAUAUUUUCAUUUUGAAUCAUGUUUUUUUUAAUGUUGGACAUUUUUUACAUAGAACGUUUUGACAUAGAUAAUUUCUAUAAUUAACUGUAUAGUCUCUAAGAAUAUUAGUAGAUUUGUAGUUUGAAGCUGAGGUUGGAGAGGGCAGGAACUGGGCUUAAGCAGCAUGCUUUUCAGUAUGAACUCUUUGUUCUAUUCAUCCUUCCCCCACAAUUUGUACUAUGUAUUCAGCAGGUGCAUCUUACUGGACUUCAAUUAUGGCCCUUCUUCUCUGUUAGUGUCUUGUGACUGCACUGGUUGUGUAUGUGUGCAAUGCAAGCAUUAAAAUACUCGUAUAGCAUCAACUCAGGACCCCCUUUUGAUUGAAGUCUUUUGUGAUUCAAGACGCCAUCACAGAUAUUUAAUAUAUUAUUAUAUAUAUUAUAUGAGUAAACAAUUUGCUGAACAACAUAGGCCUAUUGUAUUUUUUCCCCCAUUGUGAUAAAUGUGUCAAGUAAAAAUAUAUUAAUCAUGCAGCCAAAUGCAAUAUCGCAUAAGGCUUAUUUUAAAUAUGUAGCUCAAGCAAAGGAUUGCUCAUUAGAAAUAGCAAACCUGUUCAGUUGUAUUUUAGAUGUUUAUGUUGGUUGUGUGGUCAUAUUGUGAUGAAGACAGUUUCUACUGUUAUUAAUUGUUGUUUGUGUUGGUUGGGACUGACUGACUCCAGAUCAGUUGAGCCACUUGUGCAGCCAAAAGGUACCAACCCUAAACUUCCAGAUGGACCUCUCCACACCUCCAUGUGCGGCUUUAGCAGCUCAAGAGUACCUCAAGCCCCUUCAGCUCCAUUAGAGAGCUCUAAUGAAUGUAAACAUCUGAGGAUUUGCUGGAGCAACAGUCUGCCACCACUGACCACUUGAUCAGCCCUUUGAAAUGCAGGGUGAUACAAACGACAACAGUGAUUUAUCACAACUGCCCCCCCA